AUGCCCUUCACCGCCACCCCCCUCCUCGUCUCCGCCAUCGUGGGCUCCGUCACCACAAGCCCCACGCCCACAUCACCCUCCAACCCAGCACUACGCACCGACGUGCAAGCCCUUAUCGCCGCCGCCAACCUCACUGUCCCCUCUACCUCCGACGCCAACACUCUCGCCCAGAUCGGCUACACUGGCUCGACAUCCAUCCAUGCUGUCGACCACAAGAACUGCGGCAAGUACAUCAAGGGCGGCUGGGACUUCGACCUCAACGCCAAUCCGAACUGCGCGGACAUUGAGAAGUUCGAGGUGAUGAAGCAGGUGUAUAAUGACAAGUGUGGGCUUUGCGUAGUUUUUGAGUGGGAGAAUUGCGUGGGCAAGAUCAGCUGGUCAGGCAAGACCAGCCAGUUGACCGACAUCGUGGAGAGUCGGAGCUGGUACUGCAUCGCCUAG